AAUUUUUUUUAGAAAAAAAUAUAUGAGUAGAGACAUAUGUGUUGACUGCUGAAGCUCGCUAACUUUGACAACAAACACGUGUCAAUAUCGCACUUAACGUGGCAUGCAACUAACACUCCACCUAAUAUCUCCUCUUACAACUUGAAACCCUUUAUAGUUAACACCAUCUCCAAACUUGAUCAACCAAUUGUUUACUCUCUUGAAGUAAAUUAAAACUAAGUUGAAAUCCUAUUUUUAUCUUCUUUUGGAAACAAAACAAAGCAAAGCUAAGUAUUUGCAAGAAUGGCGUCUAUGUUUAUGGUGAAGAACACCUUUUUGAAGGUCUCAAAAGUGGGUUUACCUCCUCAAGGGGUUUCUUAUCUUUUCCCUCGUAAAGUUUCAAGGGUUUACUUUACUUCAGCCUCCAAGUUUAAUCAGAAUCAGUAUGCUAGAGAGGAUGCUGGGGGAGAAGAAGACGCAAAAGCUGCUGAAAGAAUUAGGGAGGCACGGCAAGUGUACGAGAGCGACAAAGAAGCCGAGGAGGUUGAGAGGAAAUACUCAGAAAUGAAGCAGAAAGCCAAGGACACCGCCCAGGACGUGAACGAGAAGGCCAAAGAGGGCACCCGACAAGCCGGCGAAGCAAUGCAGGAUGCUGCGGACAGAGCAAAACAGGGCACUGAGGCGGCAAAGCGGAAGGCUCAAGAGGGAAUGAAUAAGGCAGGGGAAACAAUGUACAAUGCAAAAGAAAGGACUAAGGAUACGGCAGAGUGGACAUCCGACAAGGCGAAGGAAGGGGCUAAUAAAGUCGGAGAAACAAUGAGGGAUGCAAAGGAAACGACCAAGGAAACCAUGAACGAUGCAAAAGAAAGGACUAAGGAUACGGCGGGGUGGACGGCUGACAAGGCGAAGGAAGGGGCGGGGAAGGUGGGAGAGACGAUGCAUAAUGUGAACGAGAAAGUGAAGGAGACGGCCAAGGGGGCGUGGGAGACCGCGAAAGAUGCGACCCAUAAGAUAAAGGAGACGGUGGUGGGAAAAGAUGAGGAGGAUAAGAGGGUUGAUGAUUAUGUUGAAAAUCAUUUGCCUAAGCGUCCCGGUGAUGGUUGGGACCAGAAAAUCAACCGUGAUCGUUGAUCACUUUUGUUAAUCUAUAUAUGCUUUUGUAUUUUAUGUUUGCAAGUAAUGUAACAUAGGAAAAGAAAAUUAUGGCCCUUUAUAUGUUAAAUUGGUCCAAUUUUCACUUUUGGAUGUGUAAUAAACUUGGGACUUCUUUUGACCAAACGAUCAUUGUAUCAAACUAUAGUCAAUAUUAAUAUCAAACUCAUUAGGUGGUUCUAA